UGGUCGUUUGUAAUUUUUCCUUUGGCGUUUUGAUAAUGGGUGACGAGUGUGAAGAUUUUCCUUUCUUUUUCGACGACGACUUCGUUAGAGAAAACCUGAGUUUCUUGAUGGAAGAUGAUUUUUUCGAACCCAAUCUAGGAACUUCACUCCACUACCGUUCAUAUGAAGAGGAAAACAGCAUUUACAACACAGCUAAAAUCAACACGAACGUCCUCACGUCUUGGUCUUCAAGCAGCUCAGGGUCCAUUUCGUCCAUACGAGAGCAAACUUCGCAAUACGUCAACAUCUGUCUUCGUUUAGAAAUGAAGAACCAGUUUCAAUGUAGCUCAUCCCACACGGGGUUUUCGCUGCCCGACUCAGGCUUCCUUGAAACCAGUAACCUUCACGAUAAUUCCUUUCUUUUGGACUUCCCCACGAACCUCACCUCGACCCCUACCAAAAGAGGUCGGAAUGAGUACGUGGAGAGAGUUCAAGUACUGGGUGACAAGGAUAAUCAGUCGCAGGUAGAGAACGCAACUGGAUUGACAACAGUACAGAAUUCGAGAUAA